CUGUAGACCGUAGAAUCAGUUGCAUUUCCAAUUUUACCACGGGGCGGCCAACGUGGAGACCCCGCAACGCGGCUCAACGUCAACGAAUGAAAACCACCGCCACCGGCGGCCAUAUCUAAAUCUAUAUAUCUUCCUUUACCCUCUCACUCCUUUCACCGGCGGAUUCCCCACCGUCCAUCUCCGGGAGGAAUCCUUAAACCCCAAUACAAUUAUUCCAAAUCAAAUACUCCGAUUGACAAUACACGCCGGGAAAGUCUUCCCAGUUUCCGAGAGUCUGCUUUGAAUUCUGUGACCAUUUGUUGUCGAUUAUGUAUAGAUCUGGAGCUGUAAUGGCGUGGAACGUCUUCAAGUUCUGCACCGCCCUGCGCGGGCUGGGCUCGAUCAUGAUCCUGCUGGUCCUUGGCGUCGUCGGCGUAAGUUAUUAUGCCCUUGUCAUCACCAAUUACGGGCCAAUCCUCGCCGGUGGCGGCAGCGUUUCCGAUAUUCUCAUUGCUCUAAUCGUGAUCAUGCUGUUUCAUGGUUUGCUGGUUAUGCUAUUAUGGAGUUACUUUUCUGUUGUUUUUACGGAUCCUGGUAGUGUGCCUCCGAAUUGGAGGUCAGCAUCGGACGAAGAAAGCGGAGAGAUUGAUCCCUUGACUGCAACAGACUUAGGCAACUCUCAUGCUGAUGAUCCGCCACACCCAAGCGUCCGGUUCUGUAGGAAGUGCAACCAGACGAAGCCACCUAGAUGCCACCAUUGUUCUGUUUGUGGGAGGUGUGUGUUGAAAAUGGAUCACCAUUGCGUAUGGGUUGUGAAUUGUGUUGGUGCUUUGAACUACAAGUAUUUCCUUCUCUUCCUGUUCUACACAUUUCUUGAGACAACCCUUGUGACACUAUCAUUAUUACCGGGCUUCAUUACAUUCUUCACUGAUGAAGAGGAGAUACCUGGUACUCCUGGCACUCUUGCAACUACUUUCCUUGCCUUUGUGUUGAACCUUGCUUUUGCUUUGAGUGUAUUUGGAUUUCUGAUUUUGCAUAUCUCACUGGUCUCGGGGAAUACCACAACUAUUGAGGCAUAUGAAAAGAAGAAAACUCCAAAGUGGCGCUAUGAUCUUGGUCGGAAGAGAAAUUUUGAACAGGUGUUUGGGACCGACAAGCGGUACUGGUUCAUGCCAUGCUACUCACCAGAAGAUUUGAAACGGAUACCCGCCCUUCACGGGCUUGAAUAUCCGUCCCGGCCCGACUUUGAUGCCCAGGAAUUCUAGGCAACAAAAAAGCUACUGAAGGUAACCCCUCAGUGACUGACCUGUGUGAUGUAGGCCCAUCUUUUUUUGAGAGAGAGAGGUGCUGUGCUGCCUGUGCAUACCUGAGUUGUGAUAUGUAAGAUAUAAGCAAAAUACCAAUCUAAAACACACAUACACACACACAAAGUCACACACAAUAUCUAACAUUUCUUCAAUUUUGUGGAGAUUAAAGAGGAUGUAGAUUAAUCUUUCUGUAACACCCCAAACUUUGUUGUAACAAUGUUAUUAUUUUGUCUCAUUAAACUUUUUACUGAAUUGGAGCUACUAUUGAACUCAAACC